CGUUUCAGACUUUCGACUACUUUUCCUCCCCCCUCCCUUCUUCUCCUUCUUCUUCCUCCUCCUCUCCAAAUUUCCCCUCCCUCCAAAAUGAAGAACCCUAAUUCCGACGACACGGCUCCCAAUCCAAACCCCAACAACCACCACAACGCUGCCAAUGGACGGCUGAGCAAGGUAGUAGUGGCACCGGGAUCAGCCUCGGCCGGAGGAGGAGGAGCAGCCGGCGGCGGAGUAGUAGUAGUAGAGGAGUGCAGCAACUGCGGGACCAAGAAGGGGUGGGUCCUACACAAUGUCCGUUACCGAGCCACCCUCCGCCGCCUCUGCACCUCCUGCGUCCUCCGCCUCCACCCGGCCAGCUUCUGCCCCAUCUGCUUCCUCUUCCAGGACCACAACCACAACAAUUCCCAAAAUGCCCCUCCUCCCAACCUCGUCUCCUGCUCCAAGUGCCCCUCCCUCUCCCACUCCGACUGCCUCCCUCCCUACGCCGCCUUCUCCCCCUCCCCAUUCCUCUGCCCGCCCUGCGCCUCCGCCAACCCCAAAUUCUCCUUCUUCGAGCUCGACGACCGCAACAGGGUCCUCGACAAGCGCCUCGCCGCCGUGCUGCUCUGCGCCGCCAGCAUCGCCGCCUCGUCCAUGUCCAAAGCCGUUGCCAACUCACGCGCCGAGGCCGAGCGGCGCGUGAGGGAGGCCGCCUUGGCUCGGAAGCGCGCUCGCGAGGCCUUGGACCGCUUCGUGCUGAUCUCCUCCGUCCAACCCAGACCCGAGGUCUCUGGCUCCUCCAAUGGCGGCAAAGAACCCUCCAAGAACAAGAUUGCAUUGACGAACAAAGCUCAUCACUCUAAUGGGGGCUUGCAUCAUAAACAAGAAGAAAAGGCUGAAGAGCAGAAGGUGAAAUUGGAGCUGAAACAGUGAAAAUUUGUCUCUGAAAUUUUAGUAUCUUUCUCUGUUUUUUUUUUUCUAGUUGAUAUUAUGUAUUCUGUACCAAUUUUCUAGUUUGCAGCAUUGUAGAGUCUGAUUAAUGUAUAGGGACCUCUGGUUCCUCUCAAAAUAUUGAUCUUCUUUAGGUCUC